AGCUCCGCCGCAUCAUUCGAUGUGACAUCUGCUACGGGUGAAGACCUCCGAUCACAAUCGGCCCUUGAUAUGCUCAAGGAUAUCAGCUUUUGGGUACUCGCCUUCAUAGUAUUUGUCAUCCUUGGUUCGUGCGAGAUGGUCAUUUCCAACGUCGGCACAAUCGUACUCUCCUUGCCUUCACGAUACUUGCCAACAACAGCUUUCGAUGGUAUACCCUCCGACGAUAUUGCUACCUCUACGCAAGUCAGAACUAUAUCCAUCGCGAAUACGGUUUCUCGCUUUGUCGUGGGUCCUCUUGCAGACUUCGUAUCUCCUGUCCCAUCGCAUCCGCAACCCAACUCUCGAGGUGCAUACAGGAAGCAUCUCGUCAGCCGUCUCGUAUUCCUUGCCUUCUCGUCGUCUCUCCUCGUAUGUACGUGCUUGUGGACGGUCGUCGGUAUCCGUUCCCAGGCUGCCUUGUGGACACUGAGGUAAGAUAUCGACCUUCUGCCUUCUAUGUAUACUAGUCUUGCGCACAAACCUAAUACCUUACAGUGUCGGAGCAGGCAUCGCAUAUGGCUGCGUCUUCACCAUUCUGUGCGUCCAUCACUUCCCUUCCCUCCAGGGGCUUCUACUUAACACCACCUCGCUUUUCACAGACCCUCUCUGGUCUCUUCCAUAUGGGGUAUCCACAAUCUCGGACGCAACUACGGUAUCCUCAUUUA